UACAUCUGCUGGAAUGAGCAUUUUUCAGUUUCUUAAGUGAAAAGCCAGUGAAGGGUACUUCCCCUUGAAGAAGCAGAAGCUAAACUACAGUAUAGGAGAAGCACGACGUACAGAAAGAUCCAAGAGCCCUAAUAGGAGUAAGGAAGGUAUUAGCUAGGGCAAGUCCAGUGACGUUUGGUUUUGUUGCAUUUUAUCGUUCGUCAGCGUGUCUGGAGCCUGGGAGACUACCCUGUUUAUACAAUCUUACAAUUGCAGACUUGAAGGAGGAUUUUGUGUAUGGCAAACCCGAGCCACUGAUUUUUUCCCUAGUGCUUUAUGACUCUAGCCUUCUGCCUCCCCAGUCUUCUGUUUCUGCAUAUCCAUGAGUUUUUCCGACUGGUUGUCAGGUGUCUGUUGCCUGAAGUGGAGGUGCUGCUGUGUGGCUAUUAAGCCUUACGAGAAACAGCCGCUUGUCAACGGUAACUGCAAUCAUGUGCUCUACACAGCUGGGAUAAAAGAUGAGAACAACAUUUGGAAUUUGGGCACCGACCCCUGUCGUGUGGAAACCUGCGAGGACAAAGAGCUGCAUAACCUGAUUUUAGCAAGAGAUCAGCUGGACAAAGAUACUGAGGAGUGGCAGAAAUUGAACUAUGACAUUCACAUGUUAAGGCAAGCCCGGAAAGAAGUAAGGAACAGAUGGAGAAAAGUGUUGGAAGCAUUAGGGUUUCAGAAAGAAGCUGAGUCCUUGCUGUCUGUUACCAAACUCAGUACCAUAUGUGAUGCAAAGAAUAUAAACAAAGCCCAUGAAUUCCUCCUGAAGCUGACUCUGGAAACUAGCAUUUUCCCCAGUAAUUACGAUCUGUUAGAAAGAUACCUCAUCGUUAUGGACCGUCUCAUCUCCUUGGAUGCUGCAGAUGAGUUCAUUACAAAAGCAAGCGAGAAGUACCCCAAAAAUAAUGAACACUGAAAUGAAGGUGCCAAGACAAUGCCAGAAGCUCAGGGCAAUCCCCUUCCUUUGCCAUUCAUGACAUUUUCAUGUGUUGUUGACUCCUAAACAAAUAAUUUAACCUGAACAGCAUUAGAAAAGAUAAAGAUCCUGACUUACAAGAAGUACUAAUUCAAACUCGGAAGUAUUUUGUGGUGUGUUCCACACACUGUAUGAAAGGGUGCGUAAAAUUUAGAAUUAGUAGACUAUAAAAAGCUGAUUUGCUGAUUCACUGGUGUUUUGCAGAAUAUACAUGUUUGGUGAUGGGACUGGGAUUUACUUCUCCUGUGUUGCCGAUAUCUCCAUAUACAUAUCACAUCAGCAUGGUAGCCUGAUAAAUGAGAUGUGAAACAUCAGCUACUAAAAUGGUGUAAAUUACAAAGUACAACCAUUCCACCAGCUCUUUUGGCAUAAUGGGAUAAAGCCCUGGCUUAUAAUCAAGGUGGCCUGAGUUGGAGUAGUGACUGUAGGCACCUGCUGGAGCUAGCACAGGGAAGAGGAAGUAGGAACAGAAGCCUGCUGUUCUCCUGCAGGGGAGAGGGUGUAGGAGCAUGCCGAGGGUAAGGCACUGAUAACAGUAGAGAUGCAGGUACUGUGCCAUUUUAUACCAGCAGAGUGGAGGUGUAGAGUGUUGAGGGAGUUAUCAGUACAGGGAGGCUGUUGUCUCACAAUACAGUAGCAUGCUUCCUCUCUGGUGUCAGCCCAGCACAUCACAUAGGGGCAGGGUUCCAAAAUGAAAUUAACCAAAGUCAGCUCACCCUCCGUAAACAUUUGUGGUGGGUCUGAUGAGUGUCAAUUCCACUCCCCAUCCCUUCAGUAUGACAGGGACUGGUGACUUUUGGUCUAGUGGGUGAAUAGCAAAUACUAGUGAAAAGGUGAGUAAAAGUAAAAAUGCAUUACAUAUCUCUCAGUCUUAUAAUGUAAGAAUAUGGACAAAGCCAAAAAUAAGGGGGGGACAAAGGCCCAUAAUCAGGGACAGAUUCUAAAUAUUGCUCGUAUAAACUUAUAAGGUUGCUAGAAUAACAGGUUUUGCAUUAGCAUUAAUUUUCUGAAGGAUAUAAAGUGUAAAUGUCUCUCAUUAUUUGGUGGCUUCAACACUUAGUGAUUUGCUAGUAAACUACAAAUGUUAUGAUGAACAGACAAAACUAUGAGGUAAAAAUAUGGACAAUCUGUGGAAUUCUGGACUUUUGAGAGGUAUGAUAUAGUAUGGAGGAGCAGGGCUUUAAGGAGAGUUGCAAAGAUGUAGAACAUCAAAGACCAACUUACAAGUAGAAGAGUAACCACUUCGUAAUCAGGUGUUUGGCUUCCUCUCCAUCUUUCAGUUCGGCAGUGAAAUGAAGACUGAGUUAAUGCAUUUUAUGGAUUGCAUUGAUGCUACAGCUGUACCAUUCCUCCCUGUGCAAUAAGAUCCUAGAUGACUGCAUUGUGUAUACAAGAUGAUUAAAAAUUUUGGUUAUCUUGAACUCAACAGGUCAUUCCUUGUGUAGAGAGAAAUCUAUAACAACCUUAUACAUUUAAGGUACUGUUAUUUACUAUAAUUUUAAUCAGUCUCUGCAGACUAUUUUGAAAGUAAAGAUGAGAAUUUCAGCAAUGAAAGUUAACUACAAAUAUUUUACUUUUGUCAAGUGUUCAUAUUAUCUUAUCAUAACUCAAUUAUUUUACUUGCACAUCUGCAUUUGAUCAAACCAUCUGCCACAGCAGUACACUGUUAUGUUAACUAGUGCGUUUCCACUCCUCUUGGUUUGAAGUUCUGUGACUACAUUUAUGGCAGUAAAAUAAUUUAGCUAAGAGCUAAGAAACAAUUUCAAUUCACUUGUCAUGAGAAAUCAUAGCCCACAUUCUUGAGCAGCAGCCAAAAGACGUCCUUCAAUGAAAAAAGUUUAAAAAAAAACACAAAAGGUAAUGAAAGCUCUGCAUGUGAUUCCCUUGAAGUAUCCAUGGAUGAAACUGUUCAUUUGUAAAGUAAUUUGGCUUGGUAUAUGUAUAUGGAUUUUGAUAACUAGAUCAAAUAAAGUAAAUGUUAUUGAUGCUAAAUAUAACGUUACCAUUGACAUGCUACUUGGCAUGAUCCGGGAUUAACAUUAGGGCAUACAAAUUAAGAACAUGCCCCCAUCUACCCUCGGCUAAAUAUUUAUUCCAACUCUUAAGAUCGCUUAAUUUCAAGCAAAGGGCAUAUUCCCCUACCCCAAUGUUCAUUAAUUUUAAAUAUCUGUUGACCAUCUGUUUUGUUGACCAAAGCAUGCUGGUAAAACAUAGGUCAACAUCGGAGAUGUUUGUUAUUUCUGACUUUUUUUUUUAAGCAGGCAUUGCAAAUGCUAUAUACAUCAUUAAUACUGAGGCCUUAUUUCUUCUGAAUGACUCAAAAAGAAUAAAAAGUACUAAUUAGAGAGGAUUAUUCUAAGAAAAUGAUUACAGUAAGUAAUUGCACAUAGUUUUUAAUAUUCUAUAUCAUCACAAAGCAGAUAAGGAACCACAAAUAAAAAGGAAAAUAAAUCUUCAAGUAUUCUGUCAGACUUUACUAAUUACCUUAAUGCACCAUGCUGCAUUUUUCUCCCAGUCUUUUCAGUUUUAUAUACACACAUUUUUUAAUUAAAAUGAUUCAUAAAAUAUGCUUUUCUUCAUGAUGACAUCACCAAAAGUUCAGUGAAAUUUACCCCCAGUGAUGUCAAAAUAGGGUUAAUGCUGGGGAAUGGAUUCAGCUUCACAGCUUAUGUGUUGGGUUCCAUUUAAGUCUAUGACACACACCCUUGUUUACCCCUUCAGUAAUUUCACCAAGGGGUAUAAUAGAAUUAUAUGGGCAUAUCAUUAAUAAAAAGUAUAUAAAGCUUUUUAAUAAGAAACUGCCCGUAUAAUACUGGCAUGAUCGUGUGGAAAAUACAUCAUUGUACUCUAGUUAAAAAGCACUGUAAUUUACUAACAAUGUGCAAUGGAAACACUUCAGAUGUGCUGCUUGAAGGCUGGUGUUCUCUUUGUAGUUUAUGCAAAGUAAACGGAGGCCAGCAGUUAAAUUUCUAUUAUGAGUGCACUCUAGUACAUGACAUCUGAAUGCAUUAACCUUCAUUUGCUAGUGCAUGUGAUGCAUUGUAAUUUCACUAUGUAAAAAUUUACCUAUACCAGAGUGCUACUGUGGUACCACAAUGACUUCUGCUGUAAUAGUUGACUGGCUCAAAAUUAAAGGAAAUUAUCUAUAUAAAAAUUCUUAGUAUAAAGAUCCCCAUUCAUUACAUGUAUUGUUAGAUAAAGCUAUAUGUAAAAAUGAAGAUAAUGUUUCUAACAACAUUCAGUGUUUUGUCUUGCCUAGAAAAUUCUUUAAGAAUGGAUUCUUAUGUGAAAUGAUAUGAAAAAUGUUCUGCCCAGUACAACAAAAAUGUAAUGUUUGUGUAAUGUUUAUGCAAGUCGUAUGUUUCUAUCAAAGUUGUUGUAAGAAUCUGUUCAAUUACUUUUUUUUUUAAACAAAACAAAUAAAGUACGUCUAAAUUCC